AUGCCGAUCUCCCCCACAGAGAAAGAGAUGCCCAGGCAUCGGCGGUACAGGCUAUUGUCCAGUGCUUCUCGGUCCGUGCGGUCACCGGAUAGGGCCGAAUCCUGGCAUCUCAAACCAUGGCUGGUCAUGCGGAGCUCGUCCACGGAGACAGAGAUUCACGGUCACGGGCGGUUGAAGCGAUCCUCGUCGUCCAAGGAUGCCAGGGCCGACGCCUCACAUUGCAAAGCACCACGGACCAUGCGGAUCUCAUCGACAGAGAUAGAGGUUUCUGGCCAGGGGCGGUUGAAGCGGUCGUCGUCGUCCGAAGCCGCCAGUGCCUCCUAUCCGACUUGGGUGAUUCUGAACCGGGUAGGCCCCCAGAGAGACUCCUUCCACGGCGACGCCACCACGUCAUUUGUAUCCUACACCUCCGGCGGCGAUCAGGUCUCGGUCUCCUUCGUGCUAGAGAAGUCACUGCGGACUUCCCUCGUCACCCUCGACUGGCCACAAGGGCCCCGCCCGUCGGAGGGGAGCACAUCAAAGCCUCACGUCCUUGCUGCGCACCGCAACGUCGUGCUGCUCGAGAUCAUCUCCCGUGCCAAAGGGAUGAUUGUUGCCCACAUCACACAUCCAGGAAACGGCUCAACUGACCUGCAGGAGUCUGUUCUAAGAUAUGUGCCGCUUCCGGUGGAUCCAGUUCAAGAUAAUCCUUAUGACAAUGACUAUGGGCGAGGAAUCGAGGAUGCCCUGGAGCUUCCCGUAGUGUUUGUAACAACCACCAUGGCAUCAAGUUCGUCUUAG